AUGACCACGAUCGCUACCGCGUCAAUAGCGGACAGCAAGCCGGCGCACAUUACGCCACACAAGCGCAAUACUGAGUCAGUUGUAGACAGCGACGAGUCCCACGACGACAAGAAGCACAAGAAGCCCGGCCGCAAGCCCAUUAUGACCGAGGCCUCUUCGAAGCGCACGGCGCAGAACCGGGCGGCGCAGCGGGCGUUCCGCGAGCGCAAGCAAAACUACCUGCGCAGCCUGGAGGAGAAGGUCAAGGAGCUGGCCGAGCAGCAGGAACGCACGGUGCGCGAGAACGAGGCCCUGAAGCAGCGCGUCGACAAGCUGCACAACGAGAACCUGACGCUGCGCAAUGGCAAAUUCACCUAUGACGAGCCGCCCGCCCAGGUCGACUUUGACAAGGCCAUUGCUGAUUUGUUUGAUACGUCGUCGACCCAGACGCCGGCUGCGCUCAGCCUGUCAUCCACAUUUGAUCUCCAGCAGGCUGCAUUGCAGGGCGCCGAUCUGACGAAGCCAGGGGCAAUGGAGGCAAUCCAGCCCAAUGCACGCAAGAGCAACAGUCCGCAGAGCGUGCCGACCAUGUACCCAGGCAAUGUAGAUCUGUCGUCAGUCACUGCCAACUCGCUGGUCAGCGGCCUGUCGCAGACUACCAAGGCUGGCAGCGCCCUGGUUGGCUCCAACCCGAUGAUCGGCGGCACGUCGCCCAGCCUGACCACAGGCUUCUCCAACGACAUCAUGAGCGGGAUCCAGCUGCUGGCUGCCAACCAGAACGUCAGCACGGGCUCGUUCAUCCAGCAGUUCCUGAACUCGUCCGGCAACACCACGCCCACCACCGUCCCCAUCUCACCGGACUCGUUCACCCGCCGCACAUCCACACUCUCGAGCACCGCUGGCGCAUCUUCCACGCAGUCGCCAGCAUCGAGCAACCCGCUGGCCACGCCUGGCGACAUGUAUGCCCCAAUUGGCUCGCUGGGCGGCAUGCAGAAUGGCCUGCUGAAUGCAGAGGCGCUGGAGGCGCUGAAGACAAACAUGCCGUUUAUGAAGGCUCUGGAGCAGAGCAGCCCGGGCCCUGCCAACCAGAUGCUAAGCAGCGCGGCGUCGGCAGCCAGCUUCAGCGACCUUUUGGCGCUGUCGCCAACCUCGCUCGCCGACGGGCUGAUCAGCGUUGUGCCUGGCGCACAGGCAGGCGAUAAUAGCGCACUGCUAGCCAAUCCGCUGCUUUCAACUGCGCUGCCGACAUCGGCCCCUUCGCAGCCGCUUAUGCAACACAAUGCAUACAACCCGGUGGCCGCAGCAAAUCUGCCUUCCAACCUCAUGGCGUACCGCAACCCAGACCCAAUCGGCGCCGCCGAGGACGGCGAUCAGCUCGAGAAGCUGCUGCUCAGCAACAUGUACUCGUUCAAUGCAGGCAAUGAGCAGACUCCCAUGAGCGACUUGGAUAUUUUGAAUGCCUUGACGUCGCUGCCGCCUGCUGAGCCUACCACCAGCAAAUCCAGCGAAGGCUCUGACGAGACCACUGUCCAGCCGGUCAAUAACUCGUUGGAGCUCAUCUGCACCUGUAGCGCCUGCGACUCGGCGCCUUGCGAUCCUUGCCCGAAGCACGGCUCCCCGGCCGACAUUCCCGAGGAGCUCAAGAAGCAGGCGCCCGAGAUGCUCGGCAUGGUGUGCACCGAGUCGAACAAGCUGGCUGACGAUGAGCUCAACGACCUGUGCAGCCUGAUGUUCAAGUAUGCAAAGUGCUCGGAGGUCCAGAAGCGCGUCGAGAUGGAGCGCGAGAAGCUAAAGUACGAGUCGGAGAUGGAGCUACUCGAGACCAAGAAGCGGCUGGCGACCCAGUAUGGCUUGCCCUAG